CGGGAAACAGCUAUGAGUAGUCUUAUGAGUAAUCGUGUCAAUAUCGAUUCUGUAAGUAUGGACUUAUCUUUAGCGCAAGCUGAUCAGUUGGAAGAUAUUAUCAGAAAUCGUAUCAGUCCGAAUGAAUAUGAUCAUGCCAUCAUUAUCCAUAAUGUUGGAGCAUCUGGUAAUUUAAGUCAGUUGACCAAUGAAAUGAAUAAUUUUCGUGUUUGGGAAGAAAUGUAUGAUUUGAAAGUGUUUUUACCAGCUGUUUUGAAUUCAGUAUUCAUGAAAAUAUUCAAUGACAAUGUCAGAGCUAAGAAGUUGGUCAUUAAUAUGACUUCUGUUCUCAGUAAAAUGCCAUUACAAUCUCUUGGUUAUUAUUGCUCUGCAAAAGCUGCACGCAAAAUGUAUUUCAAAGUUUUUGCUAAAGAGUUUCCAAAAAAGUUAUUUUAA